GUUGCUUUUGUGUGGAAGGAGGCUACUACCCCACCUAUCAACCGCCACAGCAGCAGCCAUGAACUUCCUCCGGAGGCGUCUGUCUGACAGCAGCUUUGUGGCCAACCUGCCCAAUGGCUACAUGCCAGAUCUCCAGCGCCCAGAGAGCUCCAGCAGCUCCCCAGCAUCCCCCGCCACGGAGAGGAGGCACCCCCAGCCUCUGGCUGCCUCCUUCUCUUCUCCAGGAUCCAGCCUGUUCAGCUCUUUCUCCAGCGCCAUGAAACAGACCCCUCAAGCCCCCUCGGGGCUUAUGGAACCACCAACUCCUGUCACACCCGUGGUUCAGAGACCCAGGAUCUUGUUGGUGAUUGAUGACGCCCACACAGACUGGUCAAAGUAUUUUCAUGGGAAGAAAGUGAAUGGCGACAUUGAGAUCCGAGUGGAACAGGCAGAGUUCUCUGAGCUGAACCUGGCUGCUUACGUUACCGGAGGCUGCAUGGUGGACAUGCAAGUUGUGAGAAACGGCACCAAAAUUGUGCGGUCCUUCAAACCGGACUUCAUCCUGGUCCGGCAGCAUGCCUACAGCAUGGCUCUGGCUGAGGACUACCGCAGCCUGGUCAUCGGCCUCCAGUACGGAGGGCUUCCUGCUGUCAACUCUCUCUACUCCGUGUACAAUUUCUGCAGCAAGCCCUGGGUGUUCUCUCAGCUCAUUAAGAUCUUCCAUUCCUUGGGUCCCGAGUCGUUUCCUCUAGUGGAGCAAACAUUUUUCCCCAACCACAAGCCAAUGGUGAGUGCCUUUUUAGCUCUGCUUAUCUUCGUGGUGCGGGGUGACCUGACGUGUCUGUCUCCUGAGUCUCUCUGGGCGGCUCACACCUUGCUUCCUGGUUAUCUGGACUCCACACAGGAGCCUUCAUGUCCUGUGCUUGUGGCAAUGUCUAGUGUUCCUUGA